AUGCCGUCCCUCAUAUCCGGCGGCUGGCACGAGGGCGAGCGGGCCAUGCACCGCGAGGCCCGCAACCCUCACUUUGAAAACCCGACUUCACGCGGAUUCCCUACGCCGUAUGCCGUACGGGUGAUGCACUCGCAGCUUCUUGCGCUCGGAACGCUGGACAGUGAAGGGAGGCCAUGGACGACGAUCUGGGGUGGUGAGAGGGGCUUUGCGAGACCCGUGGCCGAAGGCGUUUUGGGCAUCAGAAGUGCUGUGGACAAGGAGUAUGAUCCUGUAUAUGAUGUUUUCUGGAAGUCGUCCGACAGCAAAGUGAGCAGCGAACCUGGUGAAGAAGGCAUUAUAAGGCCUGAGGGAGGCAAGAUGAUGUCCGCCCUAUCCAUCGAUCUCGAAACCCGUGACCGUGUGAAACUCGCUGGUCGUCUCAUUGCCGGAGGAGACAUGCCAGGUCCCGACGGUGAAGUCCAGUUGGCGAUGCAUGUGCAGGAGAGUCUGGGCAAUUGUCCCAAGUAUAUCAACAAAAAGGCACUGGAACCGACUGUGCCUCGGGCUGAAUUGGUGCCUGGAGGUCCAGAUGGGACUCUCCCGCCAGAAGCAAUUGCUUUGAUUGAGAAAGCAGACAUGUUCUUCUUGUCGAGUACAGAUGGAGACAGUAUGGAUACCAAUCACAGAGGAGGACCGAAAGGUUUCAUUCGAGUAUUGCAGAAUGAUGAAGGGGGCGUAGAGUUGGUAUAUCCAGAAUAUUCUGGAAACAGACUAUACCAAUCCCUAGGAAACCUCAAAGUCAACCCCCUCAUCGGCAUCGUCAUCCCCGACUACGACACCUCCAACGCCCUCUACCUCACCGGCCACACGACCAUCCUUCUCGGCAAAGACGCCGCCGCCCUCCUCCCACGCUCCAACAUGGCCGUCAGAAUCACCGUCUCAGCCUCCCACCUCGUCAAAGCGAGCCUCCCUUUCCGCGGCACUCCCAACGAGCCCUCCCCUUACAACCCCCCCGUCAGGUAUCUCCUCUCCGAACGAGCACCCGCCUUGGCAUCCACAGACCGUCCAGACAUCAACGCCACCCUCGUGUCGAGAGAGAUUCUCACGCCAACAAUCGCCGUCUUCACGUUCAAGCUCGAAACGACAAGCCCCCGCAACUUGCCCCAAUGGCAACCAGGCCACCACGUCACCAUGGGCUUCGAAACCGAGCUCAGCACCGGCUACGCCCACAUGAACGACCGCGACCCCCAAUCCCUCAACGACGACUACGUCCGCACCUUUACCGUCUCCAGUCCUCCUGGUUCCCUCUCCAGCAAGGACCUCUUCCAAAUCACAGCCCGCCUCCACGGCCCUGUUACGAAAUUCCUCUGGCGCCACAACCCCGUGUCUCCAUUAGACAUCUCCGUCAUGGGCUUCGAAGGUAAAGAUGCCUUCAAGCUGCCCACUUCCGCAUCCACAGCAGGAAAGCAACCCGUCUUCGUCGCUGGUGGCGUCGGCAUCACGCCCCUCCUCGCGCAGGCCAAAGCCGUGCUCGACGCCUCCGUCCCGCUCACGCUGUUGUGGACACUGCGUGGCGUGGAUCUUCCCCUGGCGAUUCACACAUUCGACAAGAUCCCCGGAUUGGCGGAGAGGAGCACCAUAUUCGCAACGGGAUCCCUUGCUUCAGAUGAAACCAAGAAGCUGCUUGAGAAGAUCAGCGAGCGCGGGGCAACGGUACAGGAGCGACGGAUCAACACCCAGGAUCUUGAAGACAUGAAGGGAGGUGAAAAGAAAUUCUAUCUAUGCACGGGAGCAUCACUUUUAACUUCAUUGAGAGGUUGGCUGGAGAGCGAAGACGUGGUUUGGGAGGAUUUUGGAUACUAA